CGGCCGCGGGGCUCCGCCAGGCCCGGCCCCGCCGCACUACAGCUCCCGCCUGCCCCGCGCCUGGCCGCACGGGGCGAGAGAGGGAGGCAGGAAGGGAAGGAGGAAGGAAGGGCUUCUUAUCCGCGGCGGGAACUACGCGUCCCGGCGUGCGCCGCUGCGGGCGGGGAGCGGCUCGGGGCGGGGGAGCCCUGAGGCGGAGGAGGGCGCGGCUGGUGGUGUGCGGCUCUGACGGCCCCUGAGUUGUGGAUCCCGGAGGGCGUGAGAGGCUCAGGAUGUCGAGGAAUUUCUCUGACACAGGCAGCAGAAAAGAGCAUGUUAAAAUUACAAGUGAACCCAAACCAGGGUUCCUGGAGCGGCUCAGUGAGACUUCUGGAGGCAUGUUGAUUGGACUUGCGGCAUUUCUUCUGUCUUUCUACCUUCUUUUCACCAAUGAAGGACGAGCUUUAAGGACAGCCAAGUCUCUCGAUGAGGGGCUUUCUCUUGUGGUUCGUCUUGACAGCAUCCACAGUAUCUCUCAGCAGAAUGAGGGGAGACUGGUGCACUUGGCUGGUGCUCUGAGUACAUCUAAGCCUUUGUUUGACCCCAGCUAUGGGCUCUCCAUUCAAGCUGUCAAACUUAAGCGUAACGUGGAAAUGUACCAGUGGGUAGAAUAUGAAGAUUCCAAGGAAUAUGAAGAGAAUGGGGAGAUUAAGAAAGAGACAAAGUAUUCAUACAAUACAGAGUGGAAAUCAGAAGUUGUGAACAGCAGAAACUUUGAUCGAGAAAUUGGACACAAAAACCCGAGUGCCAUGGCUGUGGAGUCUUUCACUGCUGUUUCUCCUAACGUCCAGGUUGGCAGCUUUGUUCUUUCCAAGGGUCUCGUGGAUAAAAUUGAUGAUUUCAAGCAGUUGAGCUUGUCACACCUGGAUGAUCCCCAUGCUGACGUUACCCGAGGAGGAGAUUACUUUUAUCACAGUGACAACCCCAGGCGUCCAGAAGUGGGAGACCUUCGUGUCUCUUUCUUCUAUGCAGGUCUGAGUGGAGAUGAUCCCUAUUUGGGCACUGCUGCUAAGGUGACUGUGAUUGCUCGGCAGCGAGGUGAUCAGCUGGUUCCAUAUCAUACCAAGUCUGGAGAUGUUUUGGAGAUUCUGUACCCUGGGGACCUCUCUGUGGAGGAGGUGUUUCAGAAGGAGCAUGAGAGUAACACCGUGAAGACCUGGGCUCUCCGUGCAGCAGGCUGGCUCUCAAUGUUUGUGGGCAUCAGCCUGAUGACCCGAAUCUUUUACACAUUAGUGGACUGGUUUCCUGUUGUGAGGGACCUGGUGAACGUUGGACUGAAGGCGUUUGCCCUGUGUUUGGCCAGCUCGCUGUCCCUGCUGACCAUCUCCGUGGGCUGGCUCUUCUACCGCCCGCUCUGGGCCCUGCUCCUCGCGCUGCUCUCCAUAGUCCCCAUCGCGGUGGCCAGAUCCCGUGUUCCGCCCAAGAAGCAGCAGUGACAAGGAGGUGGUGGGGUCUUGAACGGAGUCCUGGUUAGAACCUUCUCAAGUGCAUUUCUACCUGGUUCCUGCAGCAAGCUUACAGCAAAUCACAGCUCAGCAGCGAGCACGGAGAGCUGGGGAGGGGGCUUGAAUGUGGUUAUUGCUACACGUUAUCCAAAGGCCUAUGGGGUGCUGUUUGUGGGAAGUCAGUGACGCCAGCUUCGGGGAAAAAAAGCAUUUUGGGUGUGUGUAUUGAUGGUAAGGUAAUGAACAAGCAGAUUUGAUACUCUUACUGCUUAGUAAUUCCCCCUGGUUUGAGAACUGGCAAGUCCUUGCCAACUGGCUGGGUGGAGCACCUUGUGUGUUUUGGAGAAAGUGCCAGCUGCAUCCCAUGGACCGUGGUUAGAUGGAUGUCCUUAGGAAAUACGUGUGCCUGCCUGUCUCUGACAAACCCUGCCUCUGCUGCCUUUUCUUGUUUGCACAGUCAGGAACACUCCUUUGGCUGAUGUGUUUGGCAGUGUAUGUGUUCAAAGGGAAAACCUAGCUUAGGUAAAUUCUGCACAAUACUCAUUUAAACCCUCUGGUUUUGGACUUAGUAUUUUCAAACUCAUUGGUGUAAUGAGUGGCCAUGUUAGCAGUGCUCUGAGGUUGGGCAGAUUUAUCAGGGAACACUGAUUUCCCCCAGAUUUUAAAAAUCUCUGAAAUUGUUCUUGGUUAAGCAUCCAGAAUGAUAGCCUGGACUAUAUCAUUGCAGAACUGUUUCAAAAAUUUCACUUCAAAUUGCACUUAAAGGGAUACUCAGAGGUCAUUUACCUGUAAAUAUAGAACCUACUGCCUUGAAACAACAGUGACUUUCAUAAUGGAAUGUGUUGUCUUUAAAAUAGUCGGGGUUUUUUUGCUGUGUAUACUUUUCCUUUCUUUAAUUUCUCUUAAUAAGGACAAUGAACAUACCCCAUGAAAUGAAGCAAUGGAAACAUUUUUGCCUGUUUAGUUUUCAUAGAUUUUAGUAGCCUAAAUUGUUGAUUUUGUAUCAUGUUAGAGGAAUGCCUUGUAGUGUUGUGAUGGCUCAUGUUUACAAACUUCUGCUGUAAUGAGUAUGUGAGGUUAGAGACACUCUUUAAGUCUCUCCACCAAGCUGUAAUCUGGCUUCCAGAUGAGCCCCUCCUACGCUACUGUGUUUUGGGGGUUUUUGUAACUAUACAUAAUUCAGUACAAAAAUAAUGUUUUCAAUAAGAAAUCUAUUUAUGACCAUCAGAAGGGUGUUCUUUGUACCAAAGGAACUUGACUUGAACAUACAUAGAAGCAAACGUUUGCUAGAAAUGGUAUUGAAAUAGAAAUCUGAGUUAGAAAUCAUAAAUUUUUUGAAAAAUUUUUAAUUACUGUAUUAGUCCUAAUUACUGUCAUUCUUUUGGUAUUUGAAUGUUGUCUGUUUGGUCUCAUGGCUCUAUCCUGCUGGUAAAAGCAGGAGCAGUGAGUGAAAGGGUGGGUACAGGAGAGGGCCUUGUGCAUGCAGCUGGCACAUGGAGUGACACUGCACAGUCUUCCUGCUGCGCACCAACACCAAGCUGUGUCAGGAAUUGUGCUCCACAGGGCAGAGAAACUGGGUUUGAACUGCUGCUGUGUUUACCCAUGAUGCAGAACACCAACCAGCAUUACUUAUUGGAGAUGAAGAGACAAUUUUCUACAGAAGUGCUCAGCUUUUGUAUAUGUAAUAAAAUAGUUUUCAGAA